UUUCCUAUACAACAUGCCUCAUACACCUUAGGCAGAGGACGGUGAACAACAGUGCAAUCCACAGCAGAAAAAGGAUCGCUUGAAGAAAGAGGCCAUUGUCCCCGGUUUCUUCCAACUCAUUGAGCCUCUGCCACAUAUAAUGAGCCUCCAUUCAUCUCCAUCUCUGGCCUACCCAAAUGCUGCACAUGGAAUUACAGUAAAGGAAUAAGCUAUGGAAGAAAUUAGCUGUUGCCAUCUUUUCCCGAGGGGGUGCAGGGGUUUUGUGUCAGACUUUGAGACAAGGCCACUGGGCUCGAGCUUCACCUCCCCAGUCUGGACUGUCGCCAGGCUAGUUAAGGGUGAGGGCGCAGUGGAUGCAGACUUAGCUCUGGAUGCUUGGCACAUGCCACCUGUUAUAACUCUUCUCCUACACAGUUGGCUCCUUCUCUUAACCUCGCUCUACACCUUGUAUCAAGCUCUUGACGCUCCAGAGAGACGGAGAGAAGAACCAGCAUUACCUUGUCACUUAAACAGUUAAACGAGUACAAAGUAGAGUAACUGUGGAAGGGCGAGCGAAAAGGAAGCAGGUGAACUGUAGGUGAAAAAGCAGAGUGCAGCUUCACAAACGGGACAACUGAAAGGGCAGUCCUGGACAGAAUGAGCUUCCAGAAAUCCGAAUACACGUCUGUCCUUCAAUCUGACAAACAUAAAGGAAAAAGACAGCGAUACAUGCAGAGGGAUGGCAGCUGUGACCUGAGGUUCAGCCAUGUGCCGGGAGAGUGGAGUCUGUACAUUACGGACAUCUUCACCACCCUGGUGGAGAUCCGGUGGCGGGUCAUGCUCCUGACUUUCACCCUCUCGUACAUCCUAUCCUGGCUCUUUUUUGGGCUGAUAUACUGGGUAAUCGCGCUGAUCCAUGGCGAUGUAAAGGACCCAUCUCAGGAACCUUGCAUGUACAAUGUGCACAGCUUCACAGCGGCCUUCCUCUUCUCCCUGGAGACCCAGACCACCAUUGGCUACGGUUUCCGUGGCAUGGCUGAGAACUGCAUGGUGGCUAUUGUGGUUGUGACUGUGCAUGACGUCCUCAGCUGCCUCAUUGACACGUUCAUCAUUGGCAUCGCCGUGGCUAAGAUGGCGUCAGCACGUAAACGGGCACAGACGGUGGGCUUCAGUAGCUGUGCCGUAGUUAAUCUACGCGACAACAUGAUGUGCCUGUCCUGGCGUGUGGGCGAUUUCCGGCCAAACCACAUGGUGGAGGGCACCGCCCGGGCCCAGAUUGUCCAACACGCAAAACACCAAACGGGCAGAGUCACAGUGUCCUACCAAGACCUGGACAUACAAUACAGUGACAUCAUCCUGGCCACACCAGUCACAAUCAUUCACCAAAUCAAACCUGCCAGCCCUCUAUACAGCCUGAGCCCGCAAGACCUGCAGAACAUGAACUUUGAGCUAGUCGUGUCCUUCACCUACACCAGUGACUCUACAGGGAUACUGCACCAGACACGCACUUCCUACACCCCUGCAGAAAUCCGAUGGGGCCAUAGGUUCCAGGACAUGCUGAGAGUAAAGAGAAAAUUCUACAAGGUUGACUACUCACUCUUCCACCAGAUCACCAGAACACUGGUGCCAGAGAUCAGUGCUGAGGAGUAUGACAGGAAGAUAGAGAAGCUGACUGACAGUUCAAAUCAUGAGCUGCAGAACAAUGAAACUCAAAGCGUAGGAGCUGCUGUCCUCAACAACCAGACUACGGAGGCUACUGGGGUCACUGCCACCACUGAAUCCACUGCUAAUGCAGGCAUGGUAGAUCAGCCUUAGUGCACGUGCAUGAAAAUCACAAACAACCGCAAAAUGGCCCAACAAAGAACAGCAGUACUUGUGAAGCUUUUAGGAAGCCACAUAGCAACAUAGCUCAGUGAAAAAAUAUAACAUCAUCAAAUAUUCAUAUUCUAGACGCAGUGCGAACAUUGGCUUAAUCUUAAUUCUAAGUACUGCAUAGCAGAAUCUACAUAAUAAACCUUAGCACUAUUUUAAAGGUGAAAAGUGAUGUAAUAUUUGGAGGAGCAUACUGUUCAGUGAUUUCACUAACAGGAGUAAAAGCAGAUGAGUGUCAGCUGUAGGUUGGGUUUUCCCAUUUUGCGCAAGUGUAUUAUACAAGGAUUUUCCUCCAGUGCGUAGAAGUCGACACAUUAGGUUAUUACACAGUGCCCUGGGAUCAUUAUCUUGGUUUGUCUAUCUACAUUAUUUUUAUUCGAUCCACUGUGAAUGCAUUCAGCUGGUGAUGCUUCGAUACAACAAGUAAUUCUUCCUGCAGAUCUUAAAACCUUUCUCAAACCAUUCUUCAAACCUUAUUUUAUGCUUCCUGUUAUUAUGACUAAAUAUAUUCCAGAGCUUCUGCAACAUAUAAUGGGAUAUUGGCAUGGUUUAGUAUAAACUCAAUACAUAAUUUAUGGCUAAUAUUAAGAAUGAAAACAUGCCAGGUGGCCUCACAAUACCAGAAUGACCCAGAAAGUAAUUUCAUAUUUAUACAGAAAGGUACCUUCCCCAAGAGUCCUUCAUGGGAUUUUGACUUGCAGUUAUUUAUAAUAUCAGACUUUAGUUAGACACAAUACACAAUACUGCUAUUAUUAAAUUUAAAACCUCACCAAUUUUUUUUCCUCCAACGAAUGCUGGCUUACCCAUACUAGAAAUACAAACCAGUUCAACAAACCAGUCAGAUUAAAAAUAUGUGAGGAAGUCACUGACAUUCAGCUACACGUUCAUAUCCUCUGAGUUCAUAGAUCAAAUCAUUUCAACAUAUGUAUAAUGAAUGAUAAUGCAUUUUCUACAAACACCUCGUUAAAUAGAUAAGCUUGAGCCACACACAUACCCACGAAACAAGACAAGUGACAAAACCUAGAGUCCCUAUCCAGAGUGUGCCCCUACCGUGUGCCCUGUAGUGGACUGGCACCCUAUCCAGAGUGUGCCCCUACCAUGUGCCCUUUACUGGUUGGAAGCUGGAUAGAUGGAUAUCUUGUUGCAAAUCUUUUUAGCAAUUGCCAUUCUUUUGCUUUACUCAGACUUUACAGAAUAAUCUUUAAUUAUAUCAGAACGCAGCAACGUGUCCUGGAGUAACCACUUAGAUCUGCAGUCUGCAAUAUAAUCCAUAAUGGCCAGACUACACACUAUAGUUGAGUGUGCUGUAUAGUACCAUAUAAGGUGGUAGGUCAGCAUUAAGGUAGAGUAAUAGGAAGUUUUCUCUCGGGCGUUUAUCACUUUAUCUUUCACAAGUAAACAAAAUGGAGCCUAUGUGACUGUAUUUUUUUCAGGCAUUUUAAUAAUAAGCUCAAUCCAGCACGACACGUUUUGUGUAUGCCCCUACUACACCGACUGAUGCUCCGCGCAUCAUAUAAUAAGAUCAGUAUUAUUCUCAUACAUGCGGACCCUCUUUGCAGCUAUUAAGUUUCUAGCUCGCCAUCUUGUGGUCCGUAACCAGCAUGAUCUGCAUCUACUACGGCUUUUUCCAAUGGCAAGGAAAAUCUAAUUUCAGGAACUUCAAGACGGCCAAUUCACACAGCUUGUCCGGACUAAAAAUAAUCUCUUUUAUUUAUAGUAGGGACUAAACGGUAACAAAAGAAAAAAAUCACCCAGGAUAAGUGUAGCGAAAGGGGGCACGCCAUGGCCACUGAAAUUCCCAGCUACGGCUAGUUGGACAGGACCUGCUACUGCUACGCGUGACAAAUAAUAAACUUUCUUUCUAAUGGAUACCCGAUUGCGAAAGGAAUCAGAAAUAUGGACGUGUAGUUCAAGUCCGGAAACAGCUUCAAAGUGUGCUGGAAACCUAUGAAAAUCCAUCGGUUAAAUAAAUGAAUCGGGUAAAUUACUACGAAAUACAUGGAUGGAGUCGAUGUAUAUGUAUCAAAUAAUUGAAUUCUCGAAAUCUCUGUAUAUAUAGCCUACUAAUGAUACUGUUUUUAUUUCUCA